AUGAUUAUUCGCAAGAUCACCGCGACCAAGCUCCAAACUGCAAGCUAUCUGCUCGGAGUAGCCCUCUUCUCCAUCUCGUUUCUGGUCUUUCUCAAUGCGUCCAUCUCGUUUGUUGUCACGGACGUCAUCGGGCGCAAGCAUGGUGUCGGCGAUAUAGUCGGUACGCUGGGCUUUGCCGACGAGCUUGUCGCUUUGGUCGCGUGCCCUCUCUGGGGACUGCUGAGCGACAAGAUUGGAGUUAGGAAUGUGGCUGUGGUUGGGUAUUUGAUCAUUGGUGCCAGUUUGAUGUUGCUGGUGCAGAGUCACAAUGUUUACCCGCAGUUGCUGCUCGGUAGGAUGGCGUUCAGUGUCGGAGGUGCCGCUUGUUCGACCAUGGUCACGGCUAUCCUGCCUACAAUGACGGCUGAGCGCAAGCAUACAAGCUCCCCUGAAGCUGGUCAGACCUAUGGGGAAGGCAUUGCCACGCCGACGAAUUCCAACAUUCGAAACUCUGGUGCUUUCAGUAUCAGCAGCGAGGUCACCAUCACACCUGCACGUUACGUCCAGAGGCCAGCCAAUCUUCGACGUCGAUCGCAGAAACGUCGCUUCGCCACAGACUCUUCCAAGCCAGACAAGUCAGAUCUCAGUCAACUUGCUGGUUACGUGGGCAUGUUCACUGGCAUCGGCGCUCUGGUGGCCGUUGGUAUCUUCCUACCUCUGCCCGUCAAGUUCUCUGGAGAAGGUGUUGCUCAGGCCGAUGCCGUCAAAGACAGUUUCUACCUUGUCGGAAGCGUGUCUAUCGUUGUUGCCAUGCUAGUGUCUCUGACUUUACGCGGACUUCCGGGUGAAGAGGACAAGGGCUUCUACAGACUAUUCUACUCUGGAAGGAGUACCGACGAAGAAGACGCUUCAAACUCGAAGCCAACGCCAUCAUACUAUCAGCUUGUUCGUUCUGCCGUCAUGCUUGGUUUCACCGACUCUCGAAUCGCUCUGGGAUAUCUGGGUGGUUUUGUCGCAAGGGCUUCUUCAGUGGGUAUAUCACUGUUCAUCCCCCUCUUCGUCAACGCCUACUUCAUCCGCAAAGGUCUCUGCUCCGACGACCCAAGCGAAGACAUCAAGUCCAGCUGCAAGCGCGCAUACACACUUGCAUCCAUGCUGACCGGAUUCUCGCAAUUGACGGCACUGCUAGCUGCACCUCUAUUCGGCUGGUUCAACGGAUACAUGAGCAACAAAGGACAACACCUAUCCUACUUUCCUCUCGGUCUGGGCGCCAUCGCCGGUAUCAUUGGAUGUAUCUCAUUCGGCCUCCUCGACAAUCCUGAUCCUUUUCAUGGAAACACUGACGGCAAAGGCGCAAUUUUGGCUGUUGUCCUCCUCGGCUUCAGUCAGAUCUCAGCGAUAGUAUGCUCGUUGGGCAUCCUCGCAAAGGGCAUCCAAGCUUCUUCACCUACACAACCCUCGACUCCCACCAACGAAGACACCCUACCCGAAGCAUUCGAGCCCUCCAAUGAAGCUCCCUUGUCCGCCGAUGGACCCACGGAAACCGCUCCACUGCUCUCUCCCGUCAACGAAACUCCCUCCCAACAACCCUCCACCGAGCAAGCACCCACAGAACUCGACCGCGCACAACUAAAGGGUACUAUCGCUGGAGUCUACUCUCUAUCCGGCGGCGUGGGUAUUCUCCUACUCACCAAACUCGGUGGUGUGUUGUUCGACAAGACGAGUACUGGUGCACCUUUCUAUAUGCUUGCAGGGUUCAAUGGCAUUCUGCUUCUUGCCGUUGUGGUUGUUUUUAUUGUGCAGAGGGUGAGGAAUGUUACGGUUUCUGAUGUGUAG